AAAGUGAAACCGUGUGGACUGUGGUAUUAACUAAACAAAAUAUUUAUCAACAUUUUAUUUAGUGCUUUCUUUCUUCAACUAGUGAAGUUCAAAGUCUAAGCUAUUUUAAUUGCCUAUAAUUCUUUAUUUUUGGCGUAUUAUUGUUUUAUUUGCAAUACAUUUUUUAUAUUGAAAGUUUAUGAACUUGUAUUUUAUUUUUAACAUACCUAACAACUAUUUCAUUUUUAUUAUUUUAUAUUGUUGUACAGAUGACUUAUUAUUAAAUACAACUUAUGAUGACUUUUAUCGACAACUAAUUUGGACAAAAUUAAUCAACAUGGAAUUAGAAUUGGUACAUGAUGCUUAUAAAAAAGAAUUGGAACGUGUAUGUGAAAAGCACCAAAUCGAAUUAGAUGAAACUGAACAACGGCAUCGAAAUGAGAUUCAACGUUUAUGUGCUGAAAAUUCUUCAGAAGUAUCUAAUCUUAAAUCUUUAUUCGAAACUGAAUUGGAAAAAAUUAAGAAUAAUCACGAUCAUGAGAUUUGUGAAUUAAAAGAACAAUUUGAAAGACGUCUGAACGAUCUUAAAGAUUGUGACUUGGAUACAUUAACAAAACGAAUUGAAGAUGAUAUUACAAAAACUCAAGCAAAACAUAAGAAGAUAGUUUCCUAUUUAGUCAAUGAAAUAUACAAACUUAAAAAAACAAUAAUAAGUUCUUCAUUUGAUGAUGUUGAUCGAUUUUCAUCUAUUGAUUCUUUUGAUCCAAAGCUGUUUCAAAAUAAUCUAAAUGGACAUGAUGCAGAUAUUGAAACUUCAGACUAUGUAUUAUCCCAAGAUAGUAUUGAUAUGCAAAUCAAAGAUCUUGAAGACAUUGUGCAAGAGAGAGAUGAUUUGCGUUCAGUAGCAACCACCCUCCGUCAAUUAUCUAAAUACUUAUGCUCUUUUCUAUUAACCAAACAAGAAGAGUUAAACAAUUCAAUUGUAGAGCGUAUGAAUGGGAUGGAAUGUGGUGGAAUUUUAAAUGGCACUGGUGAUGGGUAUGGCAUUGAAUCAACAGAUAAUUGUGAAAAAACGAUUGAUGAAAUUAGAAGUCCAAGAAAAGUGCAUUUUGUACCAAACAUUGAAGAGAUUGUAUCAUUAAUUGAUGAGCAUUCUGUAUUAGCUGACUUUACUAAUAUUGAAGGAACCGGUGAAGAACAUAAUCAUUUAAAAUUGAAUACAUGUUUGAAGAAGCUAAAUGAAGAAGCUGCUGCCUUAUCUGAUGUAAUAAACAAUGAACAAAAAUUACUUUGUAUAAAUUCAGAUGAUUUAUGUCAUAAAACAUUUUUUGAUAAAAAAAUUGAAUAUUAUAAAAAAGAGCUCGAAAAACAAAAAUCAGAUUAUAAAAAAUUAUUUAUGAAAACUUCUGCGAUUGAACAAGAAAAUGUAUCAUUAAAGGAGCAGCUUGAAAAAGAAAUUUCCUCUGUUAAUGAAAAACAGCAAUACAAUGAUAUUGACAAUGACAAUUUAAUAAUAUUACAAAAAAAAGCACAAGAAUUAAUUAAAAAUUAUGAUGAUUGGCCUAAUUUACAAAUUUUAUUUGAUGAGUUUUCUACUGAAUACAACAAAAUUAUUGACAACAUAAAAAAUGAUAAAGAUGAUCUUGCUCAACAAUUAGUUGUAGCAGAUAGACGUCUAAAGUCAUCACAAAAGUUUAUAAAAGAUCAAAUAGCUGAACGUGAAGUUGAAAGAGAAGAAUUUGAUUUUAAAUUGGAGACAUUAAAAUGCCAAUUGAAAGAACGAGAAAGAGAAUCACUGGAUACUGAAGACCUUAGAUCACAUACUGAACAAGUGGUGACUGAAGCUGAAGAACGGUACAUCAAAUUAGAGAAUAGAUGUUUAAGAACUGAAGAACUAUUAAAUACAUCCAAACUUGAGAUCCAAUCAUUAAAGAAUAUCAUUCUUAACAAAGAAACUCGAAUAGAACAUUUGAUUAAAAAUGAAAUUUCUCAAAAAAAUUCAAUUAAUCAACUAACAAAUAUGUUAGAAGAGGAACAAAAUAAUCAACAUGAUAUGCUUACUGAAUUAAACCGGUUAAAAAAUUUGUUGGAAGAACAAAUUCAAAGUGAUUAUUCUGAAUUUGCUGAUAUUGAAAUUAUUAUUAAUAAAAUUAGGUUGCAGCUGAAAGAUGUUGAAAAAACCAUUUCUAAACGAAUUAAAGAUCUUGAUACUUUUUGGGUUACUGAAGAAUGUGGUUCACCAAUGUCUGAAGAUAUAUCUGUUGCAGAACGAUGUGAAUUACCUAAUAAAAUAAGUAUUGAGAAAAAUAGUUCUCCUGCUCGUAUAGUUGCAACAUUAGAUGAUGUAUUUAUUAGAUUACAAGAGCGUUUAAACAGACUUUUUAAAUCAGAAGACGCUAUUUUUAAGCAUGAAUCAGAUCAACAAAACAUAGUUAAUAAACUCAAUAAACAAAUUAAAAAUUUAGAAUCUGAAAUAGAUAUGUUGAGAACAAGAUUGGCUGAAAAGAGUGAUCAAUUAACUACUGCUAAAAUGAAAAUUGACGAACUUAGAGUAUUGAAAAAUGACAAUGUUCAUUUGGCCACCUCUCAGUUACAAGAAAAACUUCAAAAUAUGACUAUAGAGAACAAGCAAUGUUCCAAACUUAUGGAAGAACAAAAUCUUGAGAUAAAACAUUUAAAAGAUUCAACUAAAUAUUUUAAGAACAUGUUAUCGGCUUAUGAAUCAAAACUUGCUGAAAAAGAAAAUAUUGAUCCUAAUACAAUAAAUAAUCUUGAGUCAAAAGUUGUUCAUCUUGCUGAAGAAAACAUAAGUUUACAAAUUGAAUUAGCUAAUAAAAUAUCUCAAAUAGAAACAUUAUCUACUCAGCUUAAUGAUAUACAAAAUAAAGAGUUGAAUCAAAAUAUUGGGAACAAACAAAAUUAUAGUGUUUCUAAAAGUGUUGGGACAGACAUGCACAUAAGUGAAAAUGAACAAAUGCGUCGAGCAAUUCCUAAUGAAUCCAAUACUUUACCUUCCCUACAAAUGUCUUAUAAUCAUCAAGAUGUUUCUAUUCGUGAACCAUCAAUGUUAAAUUUAAGUCUUCCCUCUCACAUCACUAAAGACAAUACAAAUAUCCACAGUUCUAUAUGUGAAGAAUUAAGAUCGGCAUUAGCUAAUACCAAAUUGGAGUUAGAAGAAAAAAAUGCUAUAAUAAAAGUAAUGGAAAAGGAUACAGAACGUAUGGAUCAACAACUUAAAGAAUUAAAAGAUUCUAUUGAAAUGUUGAAUUUAGAAAAAAUUGCUCUAGUAGAUCGUAAUCAUACUUUAGUAGAAAAUGAAACUAUAUUAACAGACAAGUUAAACGAUGCAUUAUCAAAUCUUGAUAAAAAGCAAGAAACAUUGGCUGAACUUGAGACAUUAGGUGUAAAGUUGAGAGCUGAAAUUCAACCAUUAGUUUAUAUGAAAGAUAUUUUGGAAAAAAAAAUCUCUGCGAUGAAAGAUUGUAAUAAAAUACAAUUAGAGAGGAUUGAGUGUUUAGAAAACAUUAAUGAUGAACUUUCAAAUGAAUGUAAUCACUUAAAAAAAAAUCAGAAAGAUUUAGAAGAAGUUAAGUCCUUACAACAGGAUAAUUGGACAUUAAAACACGAACUAUUAAAUACUGAAAAAUUCAAAGAAGAAAUCACUGAAAAAAUGGAGGAAUUGAAAAAUGAGUAUGAUGUGUUGAAAAGUAAAAAUCUAGCUUUGAUAGAUGAUAUUGACAAUUUAAAAUUGGAUAAACAUCGCUUAAAAAAUGAAUUGGAAAAGAAUGAAGAAUUGCAUGCUGAUGAACUAGUUGGGUAUCAGCAUUUAUUAGCUGAAGAACAGAAUAAAAAACAUCAAAUUAAUAUGGAACUAUUGAAAACUAUUGAAGAAUUGACUAGUAAAGCUUCAGAACAACAACAUUUGAUGUCUGGUAUACAAGAAAAUAAGGAAUUGGAAGUGACAUGUUCAUUUUCAGAUUUUGGUGUGGAAAACUUUACAUCUGAUCUAAAUAACCAACCUAGAGAUAACAUAAAAACUCUUGAAAUUGAUCUUGAAAAUGAACUAAAAAAAACUUCUGAAUACCAAAUAAAUAUUCAGAACAAAGAUGCUGAAAUAGAGCAUUUGAAUAAUUUAAAAAAAAAUCAAGAAGUAAAAAUUGCUGAUUACAUGCACAGAAUACAACUUGAGUUGAAUAAAAAUACUGAACUCGAAUUAAAUUUGUCAAAAUUGGAAAAUUAUAUUAAAGAAUUAGAAAACAAGAUUGAAAUAUUCAAAGCCAAAGAACUACAUCAAGCAAAUGAUAAUUUAGUAGAGAAACUGGAAAAUGAUUUAGUAAAAGUAUUGGAUACAAAUGAAAUGUUAGAUAAAGAAUUAACUAGAAUUUUAGACAUUAAAGAAGAAACAGACCAACACUUAAUUGAAGCUUAUAAAAAAAUUGCUGAACUUGAAACCCAUAAAAACCAAAUUUCACUUUUAUUGGAACAACUAGAAAGUAAAAAUCAAAUGAUUGAGGCAUUUAAACAUCAACUUGAUAAUGCUGAAAGUGUUAUAAAAGAUCAACAAGUAAGAGCUGAUGAAGAUAAGCAAUUAUUUGAGUUACAGUUUUUAGACUUGCAAAAGGAACUGAAGGAAAGUAAACAAAAGUACCAAGAAAUAAUAAAUGAUUUUGAAAUUAUGAAGAACUAUGUAAUUAAAAAAGAAAAAAUAACUGAAGGUAUACAAUUGAUUUCUGAAAAGAAUGAUAAUUUGGAAUUAAAAUUGAUCAGUGCCGAAAAAACUGCAAUUGAAUGGCAGAAAAAAUAUAAUGAGUUGCUAAAUGAAAAUAGUGAUAUAAAAAAUAAAUUUGAAAGUCUGGAUGCUGAAUGCAGUCAUUUGCAAAACAAAAUUACAGAGUUGCAGAACAAGCUUACGCUGAGUGAUCAUUAUAAAAACAGAUUAAAGAUUGAUAUUCAAGAUAUAACUACACCUGCAGACUUGGAGCUAAAACACUCAAAAUUGAUUCUCAAUUUGGAAACUGAAAAUGUGUCACUAACAAAAAAACUAACAGAGACUAAAGAAAAGUACAAUAAAUGUAGGACUCAUCUGGAGGACAUAAAGACUAUGUUAACCAGUCAAAAUUUAAAAAAUAUUGUUCAGGAAAAUGUAGAACUUUGCAAUACAAGAGAUAAAUUAAAAAACGAAAUUAAAGAUUUAAAAUGUUGUAAUCAAGAUUUAAAUAGAAAAUUAUUGGAAAAAAAGAGUGAAAACCGUUGGCCUGUAGUAGUUAAUAAUCAGCAGAUUUCACGAGUAGAAUCUCUUUACCAUUCAUUAGUUUGGCAAAAGAUGUAUCUAGUAAAAUUGGCCAGAGGCAAAGACAAAUUACUAAGAUUUAUUAUUCAAGAAUGGCCUGACUUAGAUAAUAGUAUUGUCAAAACAAUGAUGCAAAGAAUAUGUGCCAAGAGAAAGAUGUCCAAGUUCAAAAUUGUAGCUAUUAGUCUAAUAGCAAUUCACCGUAUGAGACUAAUAGCUAUGAAACACAUACAACCCAGAAUUGAUCUCACGCAGUCCCAACUCGAUCUAACACAUUACAAUUUACCAAAAAAAAUGCCAUGGAUUAAGUGUUAAUUAUACAAUGAUUCCCAUCUGAUGCCAUUAUAAUUAGUAGAUUUAUAUGGAUACAUAUAAUUUUAUUUUAAUAUUUUAUACAUUAAUCAUUUUUAAGUAGUUAGUGUAGGAUUUUUAAGUGUAAUUUGUAAUACAUAUACCUUCAUUGUGAUAUUUGUAUAUUUUAACUAGUUGUUAAUGUUUUUAAAAGAAAAGACUUGAAAAAUGUGCCUUCUAUUUAAUGUUUUAUAUAUAUUUUUACAAUUGGUAUUUUUCAAUACAUAUUUUUUUUAAAUCAUUA